AUGGACAUGGCCCUGACCGCUGACGAAGCCAUGGAGAUGGAGCGCUUCCUGACCUUCACCAUCGACAAUGGGGUGGAUUGGGCGCAGUCCGCUGACGGCUCUUUGAUCUGGCUUCCUCAGCUUCUAUCCGGGCAGCACAAUUUGGAAGAAGAAGAAGAUGAAGCGGCAGAGUUUUUCGACCGAGCCAGCGACGACGACGGCCAAGACGACGUCGACGACGACGGCGUGGCGUACCAGUCUGACCCGCAGUUUGGUUACCCAACCGAGGAGACCGUUCAGGGUCAGGGCAACAACUACAUCAACACCGUGGUGAUUCUCAAUCUCCUGGCUGUUAUAAACUGUGGAUCAUCUAGCAGUCGGUCUAGAGGGUAG